UCCAAUUUGGCAUUUGCACUGCUAACAUUUUUGUUGCUGACUUCACGAUUGUUCCUUUCGACAUUUCGAGGUAAAAGGACACGCGAACGUAGGCAGAUUUUUGCCAAAGUUCGCAUUCUUUUAUCAGUUAUGUCUCGACAUAAGCACCAUGAAGAGACUGAUAAGCUCACCCGUAUUGCUAUAGUGAAUGCGGAUCGUUGUAAGCCGAAGAGAUGUAGACAAGAGUGCAAGAAAAGUUGCCCUGUGGUGCGUAUGGGCAAACUCUGCAUAGAAGUUACCCCGAAUGAUAAAAUUGCUACCAUUUCUGAAGAGUUGUGCAUCGGGUGUGGUAUCUGUGUCAAGAAAUGUCCUUUUGAUGCUAUCACCAUCAUCAACAUCCCAUCUAACUUGGAGAAACACACCACUCACCGAUACUCCAAGAACUCUUUCAAGCUUCAUCGGCUGCCAAUCCCACGGCCCGGUGAAGUGCUGGGGCUGGUAGGGCAGAACGGUAUUGGCAAGUCAACGGCACUGAAGAUCCUCGCUGGAAAACAAAAACCAAACUUGGGUCGCUUUGCUGAUCCUCCAGACUGGCAAGAGAUUCUGUCGCAUUUCCGCGGGUCGGAGCUGCAGAACUACUUCACUAAAAUCCUAGAGGAUGAUCUGAAGGCUCUCAUAAAGCCACAGUAUGUGGACCAAAUACCUAAGGCUGUGAAGGGAACCGUCGGGCAACUCCUUGACAAGAGGGAUGAGAGGAAAAACCAACCUGAAAUAUGCAAAAUGCUUGAUCUGUCGCAUAUUCGCGACCGUGAGAUCGCCGCUCUGUCCGGAGGGGAGCUGCAACGAUUCGCCUGCGCCAUGGUGUGCAUACAGAACGGAGACAUCUUCAUGUUCGAUGAGCCCUCCUCCUAUUUAGACGUCAAGCAGCGCCUCAAUGCUGCCCGCACAAUCCGGUCCCUGAUCCACCCUGACAAGUUCAUCAUAGUGGUGGAACACGAUUUGUCAGUGCUGGAUUACCUGUCAGACUUUAUUUGCUGUCUGUAUGGAGUGCCUGGUGCUUAUGGUGUGGUCACUAUGCCUUUCUCUGUCAGAGAAGGUAUCAAUAUUUUCCUAGAUGGAUUUGUACCCACAGAAAAUAUGAGAUUCAGGACUGAAUCACUUGUGUUCAAAGUGGCUGAAUCUGCUACAGAAGAAGAGAUAAAAAGAAUGAACCACUAUGAAUACCCUGAAAUGACGAAGAAGAUGGGUGACUUCUUCCUCCGUGUGAUGCCUGGUGAAUUCUCAGAUUCUGAAAUUCUUGUACUGUUGGGAGAGAAUGGUACAGGAAAGACGACAUUUAUCAGAAUGCUAGCUGGCAACUUGGAACCUGAUGAAGGUUCGGGCAGCCUUCCACAGCUGCACAUUAGUUAUAAGCCACAGAAGAUAUCACCAAAGUCGCAAGGGCUAGUUCGGAGCUUGCUUCAUGACAAAAUUAGAGAUGCAUAUGUGCAUCCACAGUUUAUAACAGAUGUGAUGAAGCCAAUGAAGAUUGAGGAGAUAAUGGACCAAGAGGUGCAGAAUCUUUCGGGAGGAGAGUUGCAGCGAGUGGCUCUGGUGCUGUGUCUGGGCAAGCCAGCUGAUGUCUACCUCGUGGACGAGCCCUCUGCCUAUUUGGACUCUGAGCAACGUUUAGUUGCUGCUAAAGUUAUUAAACGGUUUAUCCUGCACGCGAAGCGCACAGGCUUCGUGGUCGAACACGACUUCAUAAUGGCGACGUACCUCGCCGACCGCGUGAUCGUGUUCGAGGGCACGCCGUCAGCGCACGCGACUGCGCACGCGCCGCAGUCGCUGCUCAACGGCAUGAACCGCUUCCUGGAGCUGCUGGGCAUCACCUUCCGCCGCGACCCCAACAACUUCCGGCCCAGGAUCAACAAGCACUCUUCUGUUAAAGACAUAGAACAGAAAAGGGCGGGCCAAUACUUCUUCCUGGAAGACUAGAACAAGCGAACUCACCAACAAAUAUUUAUAUAUAUAGAUAUUGUAUUGUCACAAUGAUGGCCUGCCGUCACUGUAUUUCCAAUUAAAUGUAUUACUGUAUUAAAUCAUGUUUUAUACAA